UUUUUUUUUUUUUUAAACUUAAAAAAUAUUUUGGGCCCUGGUGAGUCAUUUGACCCACCAGGCAUAAGGCCAAGUCCGCCAAUGGUUAUGAGCCGCUUUCAUUUAUCAAGACUCAGGUACAGGCUCUAGAUGACAAACAGAAUUAUAGUCUACUGGCACGAAGCCGCUUGACAAAUGAUAGGAUAAUGAGAUGCCAUAGGGCAUUAAUCACCCCAACAAAAAUAUGCCUUUUGGGUCCUGAACUGGAGGCUUCAAACUAUAUUGUCAAGAACUUUGCAGCCCACACCGCAGAUUUCAUGAGAGUUACUUUUGUAGAUGAAGACUGGGGCAGGAUACAACCGAAGACUGUAUCAGUUAGUGCUGAGCAAGGAAUAUUCUCAAAGCCAUUUAGAACAAAGAUAUAUCACCGUAUAUUAUCCAUUCUCCGAGAAGGGAUUGUGAUUGGAGAUAAAAGGUUUGAGUUCUUGGCCUUCUCAGCAAGUCAACUCCGGUCAAAUUCUGUAUGGAUGUUUGCUUCCAAUGAUAAAGUGACGGCAGGUGAUAUACGUGAAUGGAUGGGCAGCUUUAACAAGAUCCGUAGUGUUUCAAAAUGUGCAGCUAGGAUGGGGCAAUUGUUCAGUGCUGCUUGGCAGACAUUAGUUGUUCCUGUACAGGAUGUGGAAGUUAUUCCUGAUAUAGAACAAAAUUCAGAUGGCAUUGACUACUGUUUCUCAGAUGGUAUUGGAAAAAUCUCCCUCUCUUUUGCUAGACAAGUUGCACAAAAAUGUGGCCAAGAGCACACUCCUUCUGCGUUUCAGAUUCGUUAUGGUGGUUAUAAAGGUGUAGUAGCUGUAGACCGAAACUCCUUCCGAAAGUUAUCUCUGCGCAGUAGCAUGCUUAAGUUUGAAUCCAAAAAUAGAAUGCUUAAUGUCACCAAAUGUAACAAGUCCCAGUCAUGUUAUCUGAAUAGAGAGAUCGUUACCCUUUUGACCACCUUGGGAGUUGAGGACGAGAAUCUUGAAGCAUUGUUGCAGGAACACAUGCGUCUUCUUGGGAGUAUGUUGACUAGUAGAGAUGCAGCUUUGGCUGUGCUUGAGAGCACAUACAUGGGGGAUAGUAAAACACUUUCUAAAAUGUUGCGUCAUGGGUUUGAACCAAAUGCAGAGCCUUAUCUCUUGAUGAUGCUUCGAGCAUACUUGGAGAGCCAAUUGUCUGAUUUGAGAGGGAGAUGUCGCAUUUAUGUCCAAAAGGGCCGUGUUUUACUUGGUUGCUUGGAUGAGACAGGGAUUUUGGACUAUGGCCAGGUAUUUGUCCGUUUAACCCUGAGGAAAACUGAACUUGAUGAUCUGGAUCCACAUGUCUUCCAAAAAUUGGACGAAAAAACUGCCAUACUGAAAGGGAAGGUAGUUGUCACCAAAAAUCCUUGUUUACACCCUGGUGAUGUCAGAGUGCUGGAAGCUGUUUAUGAGGAGAAGGGAUUAAUUGACUGCCUGAUUUUCCCACAGAAAGGAGAAAGGCCUCAUCCAAAUGAGUGUUCAGGUGGCGAUUUAGAUGGUGAUUUAUAUUUCAUAAGCUGGGACGAGAAACUCAUUCCUCCGAAAACUGUGGCCCCGAUGGACUACACUGCAAGCAGACCUCGCAUCAUGGACCAUGACGUGACUAUGGAGGAGAUUCAACGUUUCUUCGUUGAUUAUAUGAUCAGCGAUACACUGGGAACUAUCUCAACUGCACACUUGGUCCUUGCUGACCGUGAACCUGAAAAAGCCCUGAGUCCUAAAUGUCUGCGACUGGCUGAGCUGCAUUCAAUGGCAGUUGACUUUGCAAAGACUGGUGCCCCGGCUGAGAUGCCUAAUGUUUUGAAACCAAAGGAGUAUCCUGAUUUUAUGGAGAGGUGGGACAGACCCAGUUACAAAUCUGAAGGGAUUUUAGGCAAACUCUACCGUGCCACUGUCGCUGCAACAAUUCCAAAAUUAGAUUUCAGUUGGUCAGAAGAGACUGCUCGAGCUGCUUAUGAUCCUGAACUAGAAGUUCCUGGCUUUGAGGACUUCACUGAUGCUGCAAAAAGCUGCAAGGAGAUGUACAGGGAUAAGAUGAGCGUCUUGCUGAUGUUUUAUGGAGCAACAAGUGAGGAUGAGAUACUGACCGGUAACCUAAGAGCCAAGUCAGCAUAUUUGCAGAGGGAUAACAGGAGGUAUAGAGAGGUGACAGAUAGGAUUUUGGAAUCUGUAAAAAGUCUUCGAAAUGAAGCAAAAGGAUGGUUCCAGGGCAGUUGUGAAGAAGAAGAUCGUCAAAAGAUGGCUUCAGCAUGGUACCAUGUUACUUAUCAUCCAUGUCAUUGCCAUGACAGUGCCAACUGCCUGGGUUUUCCAUGGACUGUGAGUGAUGUUCUGCUUACCAUAAAAUCUGCAAAUAAAAAACAAUCCUGAACUCGUUUGUUCGUGAAGGUUUAAUUAAUUUACAGUUUCAAGUUUAGCAUCAGCUUGGUGAAAGAUCAAAUUUGGAGGCUUCUUAUGCUAGUACAAAGUUUGUAAUUUUAAUGGUAGAUAGCUCUGACAGCAGGGCUUUAUCUGUUUAGUUCAUCAUGUAACUGCUUUACAUUUAAGUGUACCUUAGUCAACUAAUUAUCUAUGAUUGACUUUGUAACCUUAAAUUUCCUUUUGUUUGGAGGAAAGCUUAAAGGCAACAUCUGAAUGUAAAUUUCAAUGCGA